CACAGAGCGGGUGGGUUGAGUCUGUAAGGUUCUCAUGUGUUAAAUAAGAGCGCGGCGCUGUUCAUCUGCUGCUCAUUGCUUAAUCUAGACAGCGUUUGAUUUGUUGAGUUCACUAAAUACUCUACACACAGACAGAGAUGGCAGAAACCGCCCCAGCUGCAGCCGCCCCGCCGGCCAAAGCGCCCAAGAAGAAGUCCGCCGCUAAAGCCAAGAAAGCAGGUCCAGCCGUCGGUGAUCUGAUCGUUAAAGCCGUGUCCGCAUCCAAGGAGAAGAGCGGCGUGUCUCUCGCUGCUCUGAAGAAAGCUCUCGCCGCCGGCGGCUACGACGUGGAGAAGAAAAACUCCCGCAUCAAGCUCGCCAUCAAGAGCCUGGUGACUAAAGGCAUCCUGCUGCAGGUCAAAGGAACCGGCGCCUCGGGAUCCUUCAAGAUCAGCAAGAAGGAGACCGAGACCAAGAAGAAGCCGGCGAAGAAAGCGGCUCCUAAAGCCAAGAAGCCCGCGGCCAAGAAACCCGCUGCUGCCAAGAAGCCCAAGAGCGCAGCGGCAAAGAAGCCCGCCGCUAAGAAAUCCCCCAAGAAGGCCAAGAAACCCGCUGCCGCCGCCAAGAAGGCCACGAAGAGCCCCAAGAAGGCGAAGAAGCCCGCGGCGCCCAAGAAAGCAGCCAAGAGCCCCAAAAAGACCAAGGCCGCCAAACCCAAGACAGCGAAGCCUAAAGCUGCCAAGCCUAAAAAGGCAGCUCCCAAGAAGAAGUAAAAACCUGCUGUUUUAUUCCCCAACGGCUCUUUUCAGAGCCACCUACAAACUCGAAAGAAAGAGCAAAUUUGUGGAAUUAAGGUUAGGUUAAGAAAUGUAACUAAUUUAACUUAAUUAGCUAAAUAAAUAAAACUGCAGAUACAACAUGACAAUCCCAUCAUCAAGUCAUUCUCCAUCUCUGUAAACUGCAGGCAACACAAUAAACGGAAAAGAACAAAUACACGUUACACACAGCAGCAGAGAUUAAAGAGCUUCCGAAUCGUUCUGUAGAACACAGUCAUUACUGAUCUCCCACUAAAUCAACACCAAACUACUACAA